CCCUGCUGUGGAACAUGCAGAGAAACAUCCCGUCCCUUGAGGGAGGCUGUGUUGCGCUUGCGCACCUAAUGUAACGAGAUGGCGGAGAGUGCGGAACUGAAGCAAAUGGUAAUGAGCCUCCGAGUUUCUGAGCUCCAAGUGUUGUUGGGCUAUGCAGGACGGAAUAAACAUGGACGCAAACAUGAACUUUUGACCAAAGCUCUCCACCUACUCAAGGCUGGCUGCAGUCCUGCUGUGCAGAUGAAGAUCAAAGAACUCUACAGACGGCGGUUCCCAACCAAAAUGGUUUCGCCAGUGGACCUAGCUCUUCCUGUUGUUCAUUCUGCAUCCAGCUUACCCACUGGCCUCGCUCAGCUAGGAUUUGAUGGCCACAGCUCUCCUUCACCACUGCUGCCUGUUUCUCUUCUCGGACCUAAGCAUGAGCUGAGUCUGCCUCACCUCUCCUCCGCCCUGCACCCUGUCCACCCUGACGUCAAGCUCCAGAGAUUGCCAUUCUACGAUGUUCUAGAUGAGCUCAUUAAGCCAACGAGCCUGGUUUCAGACAACAGUCAGCGGUUCCAGGAAGCAUGUUAUGCCUUUGCUUUAACACCACAUCAAGUUCAACAAAUCAGCAGCUCGAUGGACAUAUCUGGGACCAAAUGUGACUUUGCUGUUCAAGUUCAGUUAAGAUUUUGCUUAUCAGAGACAAGCUGUCCACAAGAGGACCACUUCCCCCCCAAUUUGUGUGUGAAGGUUAAUGGCAAACCAUGUAAUCUUCCAGGAUAUCUUCCUCCCACAAAAAAUGGGGUGGAACCAAAGAGGCCCAGUCGUCCUAUUAACAUAACGUCCCUUGUGCGGCUAUCUACCACUGUCCCCAACACAAUUGUGGUGUCUUGGACCUCAGAAAUUGGAAGGAGUUUUUCUAUGGCGGUGUAUUUGGUAAGACAGCAGUCAUCUGCAGUGUUGUUACAAAGACUACGGGCCAAAGGAAUUAGGAACCCUGACCACUCAAGAGCCCUGAUUAAGGAGAAACUGACAGCAGAUCCAGAGAGUGAGAUUGCUACCACCAGUCUACGAGUCUCUCUCCUUUGUCCUCUGGGAAAGAUGAGGCUGACCAUUCCUUGCCGAUCAAUGACUUGCUCACACCUACAGUGCUUUGAUGCUACACUUUAUAUCCAAAUGAAUGAGAAGAAGCCAACUUGGGUGUGUCCGGUUUGUGACAAGAAAGCACCAUAUGAGCAUCUUAUUAUUGACGGGUUGUUCAUGGAAAUCUUGAACAGCUGCUCUGAUUGUGAUGAAAUCCAGUUUAAGGAAGAUGGAAGCUGGGCCCCCAUGAAGUCAAAGAAAGAGGUGCAGGAGGUGUCGGCUUCCUACAACGGUGUGGACAGCGAUUUGUCUAGAACAGACUCUCAUGAGCAGAAACGGGGUUCGUCUAAUGACAACAACAAGAAAGUCGAUGUGAUCGAUUUGACACUGGAUAGCUCCUCAGAAGAAGAGCAGGAUGAUGAGCCUCCUCCAAAAAGGGUCUGUCCCUCACUGUCUCCAGUCUCUCCACCUCCAAACAAAGGAGUGUUGAACCUGCACAGCCAAGCUUCGCCAGUGGCCAGAGCUCCCAGCAUGCCCCCCGUGGAGAGCAGCUACAUUCCUCCUCCGCCACCUCUCAUUCAGGACUACCGUCACUAUUAUCACACAAGUGAUCUGCCGGAUCUGAAUUUUUUCUCCUUCCUCCAAGGUGACAAUCAGCAUUACAACAUGGUGAUGGCUGCUGCGGCGGCUGCAUCAGCGUCCGCCCCAGAGGACCACGACCUGCUCCUCAACCGCUUCCUGCCCUACAGCUCCUCCCAGAUCCUACGGGAGCAGUCGGCCACCCCCGGGGGCAGCACACUGGCAACCACCAACGGAGGCAGCAACAGCGGCAGCACCAGCAGUUUGGUGUCUUCCAGCAGUCUACGGGAACGUGAAAAGGAAAGAGACAGCCACAGUCUUUCAGGAUUGUCAAGGUCCUCUAUGGAAGCGGCGGCGGCAGCAGCCAUUUACGGCUCCUUAUCUGACGUUAUCUCUCUUGACUAGAUCUCCACCGAACUGAAGCACAAGGGAGACCUCGAACAGGAGUUCUUUGUAAAUAAUAAAAGUGGAAGAUGAAAGAAUACAGUGCUAUGUACAGAGAGGAAAAAUCUAUUUUCAAUUUUACUUAUAUGUAUAUAAACCUGGGACGCUUCUUGUCCAGUGCGUUACUUCCGUUGAUAUUUUUGUGUGAAUACUGAAGACUUUUUCCACACCUCUUCAUGUGGUCUUUUGAUUAUAUUGUAGCUUUUGUACCUGGUUUUUACAGUUUGUUUCAAUAUUUUAUGUCGACGGCAUUAUUUCAGCAUACAUGCACAGUCCCCAGGCAGUCAACACCCAACAGGACAUGUUUAGAAUAUAAAGAAAACAGGCUUGUUGUUGAUUAAAGGCGAGCCUCAGCAACACGGGAAAAUGUGUAGCACUUUAUGUUCUAAAUGGUGUCGUCUUUGUCAUAAUGUUUUGACAGCAGAAAGAUUUGGCCAUUUUUUUUUUUUUUUUUUGCCAUCAUUGUACAUUUAUUUUCUCUAACACAUUCAUGUUGUGGUUGUUAUUUUUAAAUAAUUAUUUAUGAUGUAAGUUAUAUUAGGGGUGUGUUAUUUUUAAAAGAAGCAUUCCUAUGCCUCUUGAAACUGUUGCCACUAGAAAUGCAGGAGAGAGUGUGCGAUUCUUGUGUUGUCAUUGCUGUGCUCCUUCUCUUGCUUAUCUUAGUCAAAUCAAAGAACAGUGAACAAUGUUUUAUUGCUCAGACUCUACGUAAUAUACACAUUAAUUGGGAGAAAGUCAGUUCAAUCAGGCUGUUUUCAGCGUGUGAAUGAAGGGCACUCGUCCAGCAAAGCACCCGUGAUUGGACCUUUAUAUAUGGUAGAUAUAAGUAUAUAUAUAUAUAUCAAAGACUUGCAAAGUUUAGCAUUUUUCUUUAAUGUAUAGCUGUUUAUUUUCUGUAUUACUCAAAGACACAAAUAGAAACCUAGACAGAAGUGACCAGCUGAUAAAUUUCUGCUCCACAUAUAAGACAUGGCUAGUUUCUGGUCAGUUUGAAAGGCUGUAACUGUUUUUACUUUUGAGUUUAAGUAAGUUAAUUACAUUUCAUUAUGAUGUUUUAUGUUAUAGCACUUGUUUUCUUUUAUAUUUGUGCAUCGAGUCUGUGUGGAGCAGUUAAGCGUUACAGUUCUCAGUCGUCUUCAGCUUUCUCUGCUGGUUACCUGAAAGCUCACCUAAUUGAGUGCUAUGCUCUUCUGUAGUGAGACCACAGGAUAGUCUUUUUUUUUUUUUUUUUUUGGUGUGUAAUGUAUUUGCAAACAGCCUUCAAGAUUACUGUGAUAGCUUAGGCUUCAAGUGAAUCACAACAUGCAUUUUUAGCCCAGAGGUAAAACAACUUUGAAAUCAUUAAGGAUGCCUCCCUUUUUUUGCUUCACCCUGACUUUUCUUUAUGAUUAGGAUUAUUUAUUAUCAUAUAUAUUUUCUGCAUUGGUUUGAUUCGUGAAUAUGCAUUGCUGUCAUUGUAUGUGAUAUUUCUUUUGUUAUUAUAUAAUUAUUGCUAUUUAAAAAUAUCACUGUUGCUUGACAUGCAUUGUAACAUUUUCAGUUUCUGUCUGUUUUUGCUAUAAGAUGAUGUCAAUAACUCAAUAGACGCUUGAUCAUUUUGAAAGGAGA